AUGGCCAAACAAUCGCGAUUCAUCAAGCGACACAAACGCAGCCUGAGCGAUCCCGAUCUGAAGGACAUCAAGAAGAAUGUGGACUCGCAGCUCUCGGCAUUCAGCACCCUCGUCGCCAAUCUCGAGGUGAAGAAGGAGAUCAUGGAGCGAUCUCGACAGAAGGAGGCUGCAGCGAAUGGAAAUGGAGCGACUACUGGCGGCUUCAUAAGCUCUAGCGGCAACAUGCGAACGACGGCGAGCAAUGGACAGGGAGGGGGCUCCAUUCUACUCAAAUUGAAGGCCAUCGCAGAGGCAUUCGUGAACACACCACCCGACGCUCUACACUCGCGAGAGAUUGUGAGGCAAAUUCAGAAGCUCCACCUCAACGCGGCCAAGACAGCCACGUCUCUCGAAAGAGAGCUCAUGAUCAAGCUCCUCUUCAUCAUUUCCACAUGCUCUCGUCUCGAGGAAUACAAGGAAUGUCUGGAGGAGGACGACGUGACCGAGGCCAACGACGACAGCCUCAACAUGAGCUCCGAGUCCGAGUCCGAGUUCCUGUCCGGCACGUCGUCGCCGGCCGUCAGUUCGCCCAUCCCCAUGCCCCAACGCGAAGCCCGCGCCGCGCCUCGCUCGCGAGGCAAGCCUACCAGCCGACGGCUGUCGCGAAGUCUGGACGGAGCAUCUUUUGCAGCGAUGCUGGAGGAGUAUGCCCUCGCCGAGCAGGAGUUCAGCGAGCUGAGCAGCCCCGACAUCCAGCGACCCGCGCGACGACGACCGGCGGCUGCGGCAGCAGUUGCCGCGGGUCAGUCACCCGACCUCUCCACGUCUCCCACCCCGGACCAUGACGACAACGAAGACGAGAUACCCGAGUCGGUGCGACGGCGAAAAACGCCGCUGACGCUCAACGACAAGUUCGACGAGGUGGUAUCGCCGGGCGAGGCCCACGAGCGAGAGAUCAAGCGGAGGUACGAGGAGCGGGAUAUCGAACGGGAGAAGGAGAAGUACACACAGAAGAAGAAGACCGGCGGACGGAGCAAACGACCAACCGAGCGAAGCCCGCUCGCCAUCGCACACAGCGCCGCCGUCGCCAAGGACACACACGCCGACUCUGACGACGACGACGACUCGGCCGGGGCGCUCGGCGCCGAGAAGAGGUCUAUUUCGGCGCCGACGAAGGGCACGAAGUCGAACGGCGGCGGAAUGUUGAAGAUCGCGCGGGGCGCGGCGCCCAUCAUGUCGCCCGAGCCGCGGCGGCCGGCGGCCCCGUCCAAGGGUCUGUCGUGGUUCAAGAUGGCCAUCCAGAAGGAGAAGGAGAAGGUCAAGGAGAAGAACAAGGCCCUCAGGCAGCCGGCCUCGCCCGAGGUGGCCACCACCAGCGGCGGCAGCGGCGGCGGCAAGCGGAUCAAGAAGGAAUCGGUGCCGAGGUGGCCCUCGCCGCCGCCGAGCAAGAAGCGAACGAGCCCGACCACCGGCAACUCGCCGCCGCCGGUCCGGGCCGCGCGUCCGCCCAGCAACCUCCACCGGCAGCUCGAGGCCCACGAGCAGGAGCGCAAGAAGAGCGGCGCCGUAGACGCCGACGCCGACGCCGACGCCGCUGCGACAACGCCUGGCGCUGUGCCGGCGGAGGAAGAGAAGGAAAAGGAAAUGGAAAAAGCAACGGAAAAGGAAACGGCCGACAGCGCGCUUGCCGGCGAGCACACAAACGUCGACAAUGCCGGCCGCGACAAGAGCCUCACGCCCCCGUCGGUGCCGCCGCUCGCUCUGGGCGCGCUCCGACGAUCCGGCGGCGGCGGCGGCUCGGCCAGGCCGGACGACGCCAACGACACCGCCACCGAGGGCGGCCUCCACCAGACCGGCACGGUGGCCAUCAACGAGAAGCGGGCCGAGGCCAUGCGGCAGCUCAUGCGCGACCUUGAGGCGGCCGCCUCCAAGCGCGCCCACGAGGCCGAGGAGGCGGCUGCCGCGCAGCAGCAUGAGCAGGAGCAGGCCGAGGGCAAGCAGCGGGAGGACGCGGUGCGGGAGCGGGACGAGGAGCAACGACUGCGGCAGCAGCAGGCGGCUGAGAGCGACAAGCUGCGGCAGCAGCACCAGAACAUGCCCUACGAAAACGACGACGACGUGGGCAAGAUCACCGACAGCGACCGCGCGCGCAUCCGAUCCCGGCCUCAGAGCACCGAGCUCAACCUCAUCGUGUGCCGCAUCUGCGAGCAGCCGGUGCCGCUCAACCAAAUGGAGGCGCACGGCAACAUGUGUUCCAAGUACACCAAGCCUCUGCUAUUGGUCGAAACCGCGAACAAGCGAUUGAAGCAGCUCCUAAAGCGACUCGAACGGAUUCGCGGCAGAACAGAAGAGCACUCCAACGAAACCCUCGCCAUGAUCUCCGGCGCCAUCCAGCUCACCAAAGGGGUGGUCGGGAUCCUGCCGGCGGCGGAGAACGCGACGGCGGACUGCAACGCGAAGCUGGAGCAGCUGCGGCCCAUCGUGGACGCAUUGGACGCGCCGGCGUCGGCGGCCCUCGUACUCUCGGCCAGCAGCGGGAUCGACCUCCUCAACAGCCCCCGCGAAAUGCCCGGCGCCCCGCCCCCCAACUCGCUCAACUCGCCCCGCUACAACCCCUACAUCAUCAUGAAGGCCGUCGAACGCGAGAUGGAGAACAAGCUGGCGUCGCUCAAAAACAUCGACGAACUGCGCAUUGAGUCGCCGCGCUCGCUCUUCAACAGCACCAAGUCGGAGCUGCCCAACGUACAGGACUUCCAGUUCAUCAAGCCCAUCGCCAAGGGCGGCUACAGUCGGGUCUAUCUGGCGCGGAAGAUCAAGACGGGCGACCUGUUCGCGGUGAAGGUGCUCAAGAAGUCGUUCAUCGCCGGCAAGAACGCCGUGCCCCACAUCCUCGCCGAGAAGAAGAUCCUCGAGGCCAGCGUCUCGUCGCCCUUCAUCGUCAAGAUGUACUACGCCUUCCAGACGCCGCGUCACCUGUUUCUGGUGAUGGAGUUCCUGCCGGGCGGGGAUUGCUAUUCGCUGCUGAAGAACAUCGGCCGCUUCGACGAGUCCAUGGCCCGCAUGUACAUCGCCGAGACCGUGCUCGCCCUCGAGUACCUCCACGACCACGGCAUCGUACACCGCGACCUCAAGCCGGACAAUAUGCUGAUCAGCCAGGCGGGGCACAUCAAGCUGACGGACUUUGGGCUGAGUCGGAUCGGUCUGAACCGGAAGGUGAAGGAGAGCUCGUUCGCGGCGAUGGAGGAGGACUACGCCCAGCAGCUCGACCUCGCCGGCCAGAAGGAGGAGGAGGGCUCCAUGCCCGGCACCCCCGACUACCUCGCGCCCGAAAUUUUGUUGGGCCUCUCCCACGGCAAGAGCGUGGAUUGGUGGGCGCUCGGGUGUGUGCUAUACGAGUUCCUGGUGGGCAUCCCGCCCUUCUGCGGGUCGUGCGUGGAGGAAAUUUUCCAACGGAUUUUGUCGCGAGACAUCGAGUGGCCGGACGAGUCGGAGGUGUCGCGGGACGCUAUCGAUCUGAUCGAUAAACUGCUGCAGAUCAAGGCCAGCGAGCGGUUGGGCUACCAGGGCGCCAGCGAAGUCAAGGAGCAUCCGUUUUUUGGGAACAUCGAUUGGAGCCGGGUGCUCAAGAUGAAGCUGAAGGCGGUCUUCCUUCCACGGCCGUCGCACGACGAGGAUCUCUCGUACUUUGACGCCCGCAACGAAGACUUCCCCAUCGGCAACAGCGACAUGCGUGAGUUGAUGGGUCGCUCGUGGGAGGACAUAGACGAGGUGCCCAUCGUCGGAGACUCGGACAGAGAUGCGCGCUCACUCGUGCGGAGUCCGUCGCCAGUGGACGUCGACGACGCCUUUGGCGGAUUUGAUUCGGUGGUGCUGGGCAACCUGCUCCACAAGAACGAGGUGGCGCUCAAGAAGGUGGCGCGGAUGGGCUCCUCCGACAAGCUCAACGAGGAGGACGUCGACGACGUGGACUCCAACUCCUCCUCCGACGAGAAGGCCUGA